AUGUGGUUGAAUAUGGGACAUGGAUCUACGGAGAUUGCAGUUGCUUGGGAGCGCUGCUACAAGUUCAACGGAACGGAUCAAGACCUGUUCGCGUGCCCUCAGUCCCCUGGGAAGAAGGCCUGCUACAUCCCGGCGGGCGUCCUGCCGUUCCCGAAGCUCGAGGAGAAUUGGCGCAGCAACAACGUUUCCUACGGCGUUUUGGUGCAGCCGUCGUUUCUGGGAGUGGACAAUAACUACCUCGUGCGACAGCUGCGCGAACACCCGUGGCUUCAGGGGGUCAUCGGCGUCACGAACGCGGACGGGACGCUGGACUCCGACGCGGUCAGCCCGCCGUUGCUCGAGGACAUGCACAGGGUCGGCGUGCGCGGUGUCCGCCUGAACCUUACUAAGAAGUCCGAGGAGGAGGACAUCACGCGCCUCAACGCCGCAAACGGGAGCUGACGGUUUCGUGAAUCUGUGGGCGUUUAUUAAGGAGCACGGCUGGCAUAUCGAGGCGCAGCAGGAGAGCGACGGUUGGGUCGACCUAAUCGAAACCCUUGUCGGCAAACGAAAAAGAUUUGUAACAACAGGAUUCGGUCCGUUUGUGGCUCGUAAUUGAAAAUAUCUCGGCUGUGCCCCAACUUUGGGCGGAAAAUUUACGUCGAGGUUUGGGGUGAACGAGAGUUUUCGGGGAAAAAAUGAAGAUAACGACGUGAGCACUACUUUGUCAUCGCACACGCAUGCAUGUGUAUGUCAGCCACCAUGCCGCCACAACAACCAACCGCGUUCUGGGCAGGUCUCGCACACUCUUGGUUUGUUACUCAGAAACCGCGUCUGUCUCCAGAAAGAGAUUCUCUUUUGCAUGCAUAUGGUCAGUCUGGGACAAUUUAGACUAUCCAUUAUUAUUAUUAUUAUUAUUUUGUUUGCCCUCCGACAAUUGCAGAUAAAAGCAGACAUACAUAAAAAGUCGAUCGUCAAGGCCGUCAUGCCAAGCCAAAUUAACUCGAUGCCCAAUAGCUAGGAAUGUUUGCCUCUAAGUCAACAAAACUUUGGUCGAAACACUACAACAGCUGAACUCUAGGCACGAACCUUCGAGAAAAACGAACAAAACCCCAACCUCAUCCACCCGAAAUCAAACAAAACUCGGCCCCGUCUUCCCUGGUACCCCUGACACCGUAUUGAACAUAAAUCCGCUUUCCACCGAAGUGGUUAGGUUAAAGCUGUCGCACGCAUAUUUCGGCGCGCAAAAGUCUGUGCGGCAUUGUUGAUCGAUAUUGCC